CGAAUUAUUUAGAAAAGGAAUUGUCAAAGUCAGAUGUUUGAGAUUUGUCAUUUUUCUCACCAUGAGAAGAAUGAGAAAAAGUAAUUUGAUUACAAUAUUAUAUGUUUUUUUAUGUAAUUAGUUCAUAAAAAUACGCCAAAAUGUUCUCCUUGGGAGGGCAGCGGGUCUUACAUAAGUGCCUCAAGAUUUUGAGGUUAACUGUUGUCGACUUCAGCAACUUGCCCGAUUUGAAGAACUUGAACGUGGUCAGGACUGUGGAGAAGACUAUAGAUAACAACACAAGUAUAUUCAUCGAGAGCCCCAUACAUGUGAAAGUGCAACCGAUUGACGUAAAUGACAUGAAAGCUCAUAAUAAACUUGUUAUGGAAUUGUAUAGUCUGGGGAAGGAAACCAGCGAUUUCCAAGUCAAACAGACGUCUAAGCGACUGGAGUUGAUCAACAAGAACACGUCGUCAGAUCGAAACGACGUGUGUUUAAUAAGAGUGCCGUAUCAGCUCAACGUUCAGGUCACGACGACAGACAAGGCAUCUGUGUUUUUAACGAAAUUGGAAGGCGAUGAAUUUGUUGUGAAAACGGACAAAGGAUCAGUUAAAGUUUCGGAUUUGAAAGCUCAGAAUAUCAAAGUGGAGAGUACAGAAGGUGAGGUCCACACUGAUGGGAGACUUCAAGCGAGCAAUAUUGAUUUGAAAACUGGUCUUAACUCUGGUAUUUGCUGUAACAAUAUCAUGGCAAACUCCUUUAUCGUCACCACCCAUGCUGGUCCUAUAGCUGUGAAGUCGUGUUACAGUGACAAAUCACAUUUCACAACAUUGAUGGGGAAUAUUAAUCUUGAUCAUUUACACAGAUCGGUGUUGAUUGAUGUCAUACAGCAAGGUAAUUUGCACAUAACAGGAUUUUCUGGCAGCUUGCAGGCAUCAUUGAAGAGUGGGGAGGUCUUUAUGCAUGCCUCUCAACUUAUAGACAAGAGCAGUAUUUUUAUUCAUGAAAAAGGAAAGGUGGAGCUCCUUAUACAUGAUAUAUUAAAGAAUCUGCCUGCAACAAAUUUGAUUGCUGACAGAAUCAAGGUAGAUGACAAAAUAUUGAAGUUGGGAAGGUUUAUGGAUGACUCGCAUCCAAAGAGGUUUAGGUUUGAAGGAGAACCGCAGAAUGAGUUGCAUAUAGUCUGUAAGAAUGGCUCCAUAGAGUUAAAAGAGACGAGUAUGCCAUUUCUCAUAUAACUCAGUCUUUGAUAGUUGCAUUAGUCAAUAUUGUAUUGUUUGUAUAUGGUGGGAAAAUGUUUUUAAAUAUAGUUAAUGAUUUAUUAAAUGUAUUGAGAUAACUGUUUAAUGAUUGUGGAAUUACUUAUCUCAUUAUAUGGCUAUUACAGAUUUGUAGUGUUGAAAUCUGAUUCCUGUAAUCCUUCAAGUUUUUAAAUAUACCAGGUGUUAAUUUGAAUUAUGACACUUUUAUGUUGAUAUUUUGGGAUCAUCUUUGGGUCACAUCACUGCUGAUAAUGUCUAAGUCAAACAUAGAGAAAUAUUGUUUAUUUCUUAUUAGAAGAAAUGCUUAAAAUCCUAUGUUUAGAUGAGUAAUACUAGAUAAUUACAAUAGUUACCCUUAUAAAAGGCUAUUAAUAUUUUUUCUUUAAAAUACCAGAACAAUGUCAAUUUGGCAGUUUUAUUAAUUAAUUGUGUACAUGUUAAUUUUUAGCACCAUUAUGUAUUAUGUAUGUAUGUCAUAGCAAUGUAAACAAUCCUGUUAUCACAAGAUGGCAUUGAUAUGUCAUUAACGCUGAUGAGAUGCUAAGAUGCUAUGCAAUCUGUGUAAGAAAACAGACAUGGGAUGACAAUAUGAGUUUUACACAAAAUAAGUACCUUCUAAUAUUUUUGGGUAGUUCCAGUUGAGGAUACAUUUUUGCCCGAAUGAUAUAAUUUUUCUACUUCCCAUAUUAACUAAUCAAAUGUUUAUUUGCAAAUUUGAUUAUGUACACAAAAAUAUAUUUAUUAAAAAUAUAAUAUACAUAAAACAUUUUAAUAUUUCUUUCAAUAUAUAUUUAUUUCUUUGUUUUUUUUUUUAUAUUAUGGUAUUUGUAUGUUUAAAAAGCCUUUUAGUAUAGAGCCUUCCAGUGACUGUAUAGUAUAUUUGAAAUUGUUUAGAAUAAUAUUUGUAGGUAUCAAUCAAGGCGAUGCAUUGGCGACGAUUGUAGCACCUGCAGAUCACCGCCAUUUUGGUUCAACUUAAGUGCCAGUUAUUGUGCAUAAUUUGCGUGUUUGUGUAUUUAUUAUCAUAUCAAGUUUGUUUUCUUAAAUUAUAAAUAAGUAUGAUAGUAUUUGGUUGCAAGUGCUUUUAUCAUAUCACCUAUACUUUAUCUGUUUGUUGUUAAUUAUUGGUUGGCACUUUGUCAAAGUUAAAGUAUUAGUAGUAAGUAUAUACUUUUGGCACAAUCGGUUAAAAAUGUAAAAGAUUUCCAGCAAGCGUAGCAAACAAAUUGUAAAUUCAAUGUCUUUAUUUCAAAAUUGUUACCUAUUAAUAAUAUUAUCUUGUCUUCCGUGAUCUAUUAGAAUAUAUUGAUAUUAUUGGAUUGGAGUAUUAGAGAGUACCAUUACCUUUAUCAACCAUGUAGUUUUCAACAACUAGAUUUAAAUUUAUUAUUAACCUAUAAUUAAAGAAAGAUAAAUGUUCAUGUUGACAUUUUUUUGGGAGUUUUCUUGUUUUCGAGCAUAUGAAAGCCUGCAUCCAUUGUUGUUGCAUUUAUGUUAAAUACAUAUUUGUAGAGAUCUGUUAUUUCAGUUUAAUAUACUGAAAUACAAAAUAGUUGAUAAACUAUAUUUCGAAGAAUGAAUACUGUUUCGGUAAUGAUACCCGUUAAUCAAAAACUUAAUAGAUGGGUUAUAUUACUAUUUUUAUUUCCACAUAAAUUGUUUAACAUAAAUUAAUUUAAAUUUAAAAGAAAAUGUACCGAUGACACGUAGUUUCAUGUGUAAGGUAUUCCAAAACUUAUGUAUUUAUUUAACAACUAACUUCUUUAUUUUCUGUAAGUAUACUUAUAAAUCUUAUCGUUUAAACUAAAUCGUAGUUCCUGAAGGUCUUUAUUUUUGCUUUUAUGAUACACAUCUUUGUUGCUAGUCGCAUUUUGUAGAUAUUAAUUAUUAUUUACAAUGUUAUGAAAUAGAUAUUAUUAGAUAUGUCACUAUUAAAAAUGUAUUUUAUUGAUUGUUGGCAAUUAAACUUCCAAUAUCGAGA